AUGUUGAAAUUAAAAGAGACGAAGAAGCCUCCGGCGGCUCACUGGCUAUCCGGCAAAAUUGAUCAGUCAAAAGUGUCAAAUAUUAGAGGUUAUGUUUCAUAUGAUAAAGAUCUAAAUAAAAACAUUCUGAAACAUCCGAGAAAUCGUACUGAGAUGUUCCAAAUAUCGCAAGAUAACUUGCCAGACUGUCUCAAAGACGAACAAAGAAUCAACGUUUUAUUCGCACCUCUUAGAAAUCGGAGUGUCAACUCAAAGGACUGGGACAACAAAAUUUCAUCUUGGAAGAACAUCAUAAAAGCCUACUGCCAAUCCAAUGAAAUAUAUACCUUCACACUUGUAUCAUUGAAUAAUGUUUUUGUUAGGAAUGGAAGGCCCCCAAGCUGUCUGACUGAAGUGAUUUCUGACAUGCACAAGAAUGGUGAAAUACAACCUAUCCAUGUAUUUUUGAGGAAGCCUUCUGAAAGUUGGGGUGGUUGGGCUACAGAAACACUCAUAAAGCGGCCAUUCAGUUGGUCUCUCAAUAAAAUCAAGAACACUGUAUUCACUAUUGAUUUGAGCCAACAAUCCUUUGUACAUUUAGAAGUCAUCAAAUGUAAAUGUGAUGAGCUUCUCAAUUCUAUACCAGAAAAAUGUAGGAACAAACUGAUCAGCUUGAAAACUCUGUUAUCUCUUUUGAGUAAAAACUCCACCAAGGCAGAAGAUGUUAAGUUAUUGUUACAUUAUUUAGCAAAUCAGAACCUGGUGGCUCUCACUGAAUUUGGCAAUUCAAAGCAGAGAGAUGAACUUGAGGCUUUCCUCAUCAAAUUCAGUGAUGGCAAUGGCAAUGAAGUGAAUUCAAUAACUGAAAUUGAUUUGGGGAUCUAUACCUUGGAGCAAAAUGAAUUAGUCCUUUCCAAAGGUAUAGAAGAGUUGGAAGAUAACAUUGAAUCCUAUGUGAAGGAAGCCAAAGUACAUCUGACAAAAAAUCACAGACAAUUGGCAAAAAGCAGUCUGAGAAAAAAACAUGACCUUGAAAAACGUUUAGAGAAAAAAGCAAUAGCUUUACGCAAUGUACAGACUCUGUUGGAGAAAAUCCACGAUACACACAGUGAUGCCCACGUAUUUGAGGCUUACAAAAAUGCUGUCAGCACUUUCAACACUUCAUUCAAGUAUUUGGGAUUAUCUGAGGACAAUAUCGAUGACACAAUGAUCAAGUUGGGAGAGAUGUUGGAUAAACAUGAUGACAUCCAAUCAGCUCUAGCCAGACCAGCGCAAGAUUCGAUUCUAGAUGAUUCAGAUCUGGAAGAUGAGCUGGCCGAUCUACUGAAGGACGUUCCCGAUGAUCAACCGCCCGAUGACAGCGGAAUGAACACGAGCAAUGUAGAAAAACAGUUGGAAAACAUGAAUAUCAACAUGCCAGAAGUGCCAGAUGCCAGUCCUGAUGUAUCUCAACAGGGCGAGGAAGUUCUGAUCCAUUGAUGAAUGGUGCGUC